AGCGCGCGCACAUGUUAGGAAAAGACAAGCAGCAUUACAAUACGUUUGAUAUUUUCUUUUGCCAUUCUAGUCCUUUACACUCCCUCACUCUCUCUUUCUCUCUCUCUCACACACACAGGUGAGAGUAAAUACGAUAAGUGGGAGUGGUGCGUGUGUUUAACUGGCAGAGCAGCUUUGCAGCGACACAGUCACACCAUCACACACACUCCUCACUGCAGCGUUACCGCCGAGCAGCUCAUAGCGUGGCUGUGUGGCCCUCCGCAUGGAUAUGAAGAAUAUGAGAGAGUAUAUGGGCUGGUUGUACUACCAGUACCUGCUCAUCACUGGCAUCUAUGUGCUGGAGCCGUGGGAACAGUCCAUCUUCAACACGGUCCUCUUUACUAUGGUGGCCAUGGUCAUUUACACCUCCUAUGUGUUUGUGCCUAUUCACGUGAGGCUGGCGCUGGAGUUCUUCUUUGAGCUGGUGCGAGGGCAACCGGAGAGCACAGUGGCCCUCAUGAACCAAAGAUGAAGGAAAGACCUUUUUAUUGAUCUGCUGUGUCACUCUUGUUUAUUUUUCUACUCAGGAACAAACAAGCCAGAUGAAAUGAGAAGGUGUUGGCUAAAGCCAUGUUCAACGCCUUCAAGUCUUCCGUAUCGGAUUCCUGGACUCCUGCCCUGUCAUGAGAAUAAUGUAUGCAAAGUUUUGGAUGGAUUGCCAGUACUGAGGUUUUGCAUGAUAUCACCCAUCACAUGAGGACACAUUUUGGUCCUACUUUGCGAUUAUGCAAUCAUGUUGACUCUAUAUUUGGAGUCCCUGAUUGGACUGAGAUUAUUUGCCCCCCCCAAAAAAAAAAAAAAAAAAAAAAAAAAACAUUAUUGCAUAUUUUAUAUUUUGUAUAAAAAUUUUGUAAUCACCUAUGCAAUGUGACUGCUCUACAUGAAGGUAUAUGCAGGUUUAUUUUUAAAUGCCCUUGAUCACGAAUCAUUGGAGGCCAUUAGUACACUCAGACUAAGGUCUUGAUCAGACCUUUGUUCUGGUGGUGGUGGUGGGAUUGUCUUCCAUCAUUUCUACAGUCUCUGCUGCUGAUGCAGAAAUGCAUGAUAUGCACAUUAAUGUUUGCAUGUAAUCUGUGCCCCGCAGGUCUGGAAUAACCGGCAUUCACACAUUUAUAGGCACUUAAACGAUCAUUUAUUAAAUACUUUUGGUUAAUAAGUUACAGUUUAUAUUAGGUGUCUUUAACUACUAUGUACUGACGUAAAAAAUAAUUGUGCUUAUUGUAUUGAUAUAUUGCAAAACAGGUAUUAAGGUGGAUACGGGUAAGGUUAGGACAUGUUUGGUGGUAUGGGUAGGUUUAAGGGUGGGUUAAGGUGUAAGGGAAGGUCAACAGUAGAUGUAAUUAAUUACAGCUGUAAUUUCAUGCAGGUAUUUUAAAAAUGAGCGCAACAUAUGAGAUGAUCCAUUUAAAUGUUAGUACAUAGUAGUGAAAGACACUUAGGCCCCGUUUACACUAGUGCGUUUUAGUUUUAAAACGCACAAGUUUUGCUACGGUUACGCCUGUCAUUUACACUACGCCGGGGUUGCGUUUCAGUAGAUAAACUGACCAAAACUGAGAAUGUUCGCUCUACGUAUCCUUGACGAACGUGUAAACAAUAACAUGGGGACUGAACUGCAGUCUUUGGUGUCAUUUUUAGCAGCCAUUGUGCAGAUAAAGGGUUAGUUCACACAAAAAUGAAAAUUCUGUCAUUAAUUACUCACCCUCAUGUCGUUCCAAGGUAUAUGCAGGUUAUAUGCUGAACCACUGAUUCGAAACAAAAGAUUCGUAAAGCUUCGAAGCUUCAUGAAGCAGUGUUUUGAAAUUGCCCAUCACUAGAUAUUGUUGAAUAAAGUCAUUAUUUUUUUAUUUUUUUUUGGCACACAAAAACUAUUCUCGUGGUUUCAUAACAUUAAGGUUGAACCACUGUAGUCAUAUAAACUGUUUUAACUGUCUUUAGUAGCUUUCUGGGCAUCUGAAAGUGUUAAUUAUCUUGCUGUCAAUGGAGGCCUCACUGAGCCAUCUGAUUUCAUCAAAAAUAUAUUAAUUUGUGUUCUGAAGAUGAACAAAGGUCUUACGGGUGUAGAACGACAUGAAGGUGAGUAAUUAAUGACAGAAUUUUCAUUUUUGGGUGAACUAACCCUUUAAAUUCAGCAUUUUUUUUAAUACUGCAGUUGCCUACAUGCUCAAGAGGCAACUGUUUACACUUGUAUGCGCAUGCCCAGUCAUGCGUUUUUGGCCAUGUUGUGUAGAUGGAGAUCGUUAGUGUAAACGGGGCCUUAAUAUAAAGUGUGAGCGGUUAAUGUUUUCAGCAACACAUAAGAAUGUUGUUCUCUCAGCUCUGUUGAACACAUAUUACUAUGUUUAAAUUCAUCCCACCUACUUACCCUCAAAUCUAGCACAGAAAAAUUACGCCUGGAGUUACCAAAAUACAUUUUUAAUUGAUUUGUCUUAUUUUGAUACUAUAUGUUCACUAGUUAUGUUUUUAUAUUCUUAACUGUAUUGUGUCAAUGUGAUGUCAUAACAUGUCUCUGGAAUAAUGACACAGUGGCAAGUAGUGUUGAGUGACACGUUUUAUAUCAGUAUGUAUUUUUCAGGAAUAAACAAACUUCACAAAA